ACAAGGAUGCAGAGCUUGCAGCCGGACCCCAAAGCCCAGUACAGGAGCGUGUACGAAGCUCUGAAGAAGAUUGUCCUUACAGAGGGUUUCUGGAGGCCUUUACGUGGGAUUAAUGUCACCAUGCUGGGGGCUGGCCCUGCCCACGCAAUGUACUUUGCCUGCUAUGAAAAAAUGAAAAAGUCCCUAAGCGAUACUUUCCAGCAUGGAGGAAACAGCCACUUGGCCAAUGGUAUAGCUGGGAGCGUGGCCACGCUACUCCACGACGCAGUGAUGAAUCCCGCUGAAGUGGUGAAGCAGCGGAUGCAGAUGUUCAACUCCCCCUACAAGUCCGUCCUGGCAUGCAUAAGGACAGUGCAGAGGACGGAGGGGUUCGGUGCCUUCUACCGCAGCUACACCACCCAGCUCACCAUGAACGUCCCCUUCCAGGCCAUUCACUUCAUCACCUACGAGUUCAUGCAGGAGCAGAUCAACCCCCACCGGGAGUAUAACCCUCGGUCCCACAUCGUCUCCGGUGCCGCGUGGCCGGUGCCCGCCGCCGCCACCACUCCUCUGGAUGUCUGCAAGACCCUGCUCAACACCCAAGAGAACAUGGCCUUGAGCUCGGUGAACAUCAGCGGACAUCUCUCGGGCAUGGUGAACGCCUUCAAGACUGUCUAUCAGCUGGGGGGCAUUGCGGGGUAUUUCAGAGGGGUGCAGGCACGUGUCAUAUACCAGAUGCCUUCAACGGCCAUCGCCUGGUCGGUGUAUGAAUUCUUCAAGUACUUUCUCACAAAGCACAGGCUGGAAAAAAGAACGUCCUUGUGA